AUGCCCUUUCUUUCUUUUUCUUUCUUUCUUUUUAUUUCUUUCUUUUUCUUUUCUUUCUUUCUUUUCUUUCUUUCUUUCUUUCUUUCUUUCAUUUUAUUUCUUCUUUCUUUCUACUUUCUUUCUUUCUUUUCUUUCAUUUCCUUUUUUUUCAUUUUUUUUUUCUUUCACAAUUUUCUUCUCCUUUUUCUUUCUUUCUUUUUUCUUUCUUUCUUUUUUCUUUCUUUUUUCUUUCUUUCUUUUUAUUUGCUGUUUCCUCCUUUCCUUUCUUUAAAAUUUUUCUUUCUUUCUUUUCUUUCAUUCUUUCUUUUCUUUCUUUCAUUUAGUUUUUUUUUCUUUUCUUUCUUUUUAUUUACUUUCUUCUCCUUUCCUUUGUUUCAUUUCUUUUUCUUUCUUUUCUGUGCUUUCUUUCCUUUCUUUCUUUCUUUCUUUUCUUUCUUUCAUUUUAGUUUCUUCCUUUUUUCUUUCUUUCUUUUUUAUUUACUUUUUUCUUUUUUUUUUCUUUUGUUUUCUUUUUCUUUCUUUUUUCUUUCAUUAUAUUUUUUCCUCUUUCAGAGUUCCUUUCUUUCUUUCUUUCUUUCUUUCUUUUCUUUCUUUCUUUCUUUCUUUCUUUCUUUUUCUUUCUUUCAUUUUAGUUCUUUUCAUUUCUUCUCUUUCCAUUUUAGUUUCUUUUCUUUCUUCUUUUUCUUUCUUUCUUUCUUUUUCUUUCUUUCUUUUUCCAUCUUUCUUUCUUUUUGUUUUUCAUUCUUCUUUGUUUUCUUUCUUUCGUUUUUCUUUCUCAUUUCAUUUAUUUUCUUUUUUCUUUUCUUUCUUUCUUUUUCCCCCGUCACUCUUUCUUAUUUAGUUUCUUUCUUUCUUUCUUUCUUUCAAAGAAGGACGGACUUUCUUUUCUUUUUCUUUCUUUCUUUCUUUCUUUCUUUCUUUUUUCUUUCUUUCAGGCUUUCUUUCUUUUUUCUUUCUUUUAGUUUCUUUUUUCUUUCCCUUUCUUUUAUUUACUUUGUUUCUUCUCCUUUCCUUUCAUUUCUUUUCUUUCUUUUUCUUUCUUUCUUUCUUUUUUUUUCUUUCUUUCUCUUUCUUCAUCUUUUUUUUUUUUUUCUUUUUGCUUUGUUUUCCAUUCUUUCUUUUGUUUUCAUUCUUUUUUCUUUCUUUCUUUUCUUUCUUUCAUUAAAUUCUUUCAUUUUUCUUUCUUUUGUUUUUCUCCUGAUCACCCUCUUUUUGUUCUUUUUUAUUUUCGAUUUCUUUCUUUUUCUUUCUUUCUUUCUUUCUUUCUUUCUUUCUUAUUUUCUUUCUUUCUUUUUUUCUUUUUUCUUUCUUUCUUUCUUUAACAUAUCUUUCUUUCUUUUUUGUUCUUUCUUCAAAAAAAUUUGUUUUUCAUUCAUUUUUUUUUUUUUCUUUCCUUUUCUUCAUUUCUUUUUUUUUUUCGGUUUCUUCCUUUUACUUUUGUUUCUUUCUUUAUUUAAAUUUUCUUUUUUCCCACCUAUAUUUUUUUUGCUAAUUUUUUUUUUCUUUUUGCUCCCCCUGUCUUUUUCUUCCUUUUCUUUCUUUUCUUUCUUUCUUUCUUUUUUUUCUUUCUUUUUUUUAACAUUUCUUUCUUUUUUUGUUCUUUUUAUUCCUUUCUUUCUUUCCUUUCUUUCUUUCUUUCCUUUCUUUCUUUUUUCUUUCUUUCUUUCUUUUCUUUCUUCUUUCUUUUUCUUUUCUUUUUCUUUUCUUUCUUUUUUUUCUUUCUUUUUUAGUUUCUUUCUUUUUCUUUCUUUCUUUUUUCUUUCUUUCCUUUCUUUUCUUUCAUUUUCUUUUCUUUCUUUCUUUCUUUCUUUUUCAUUUUUUCUUUUUUCUUUCUUUUUUCUUUCUUUUUUCUUUUCUUUCUCUUUUUCCUGCCUUUCUUUAUCCAUUUUUCUAUGUUUUCUCCAUUUGCGCCUAUAUUUUGGUUGCUUUGUUUUCUUUCUUUCUUUCUUUCUUGCUCCCCGUCACUCUAUCUGCUUACUUGCUAGCCUUCCCUUUUCUUUCUUUCUUUUUUUCUUUCACUUUUUUUGUUUGUUUCUUUCUUUGUUUUGUUUCUUUUUUCUUUUCUUUGUAUCGCACUCCUCUUUCUUCUUCUUUUUUUCUUUCUUUCUUUCUUUCUUUCUUUCUUUCUUUCUUUUAACAUUUUCUUCCUCUUUUUGUUCUUUUUAUUCCCUUUUUCCUUUCUUUCUUUUUUUCUUUCUUUCUUUCUUUCUUUCUUUUUUCUUUCUUUCUUUCUUCUUCCUUUUUUUCUUUUUAUUCCUCUUCAGAGUUCGUUUCUUUCUUUUUUUUCUUUCUUUCUUUCUUUCUUUCUUUUCUUUCUUUUCUUUCUUUCUUUUUUUCUCUUUCUUUCUUUCUUUUUCUUUCUUUCUUUGUUCUUUCUUUCCCUUUUCAGAUCUUCCCUCUUUUCUUUCUUUUCUUUCUUUUCUUUCUUUCUUUCUUUCUUUCUUUUUUCUUUCUUUCUUUUCUUUCUUUUUUCUUUCUUUCUUUUUCUUUUUUCUUUCUUUCUUUUUUUCUUUCUUUCUUUCAUUCUUUUCUCCUUCUUCCUUUUUUUGUUCUUUUUUAUUUUUCAGAGUUUUCUUUCUUUCUUUCUUUUUCUUUUUUUUCUUUCUUUCUUUCUUUCUUUCUUUUCUUUCUUUUUUCUUUCUUUCUUUCUUUUCUUUCUUUCUCAUUAACAUAUCUCCUGAUCUUCCUUUUUUCUUUUUUUAUUCCCUCUUCAGAGUUUUUCUUUCUUUCUUUCUUUCUUUUUUCUUUUCUUUCUUUCUUUCUUUCUUUCUUUCUCAUCUCUUUCUUUCUUUUUUCUUUUUAUUCCUUUUCAGGUUCGCUUUCUUUCUUUCUUUCUUUCUUUCUUUCUUUUCUUUCUUUCUUUCUUUUUCUUUCUUUCUUUUUUUCCUUUUUUUUCUUUUUUUUCUUUUCUUUCUUUUUUUUUUUCUUUUUUUUCUUUCUCAUCUUUUUCUUCCUCUUUUUGUUCUUUUUUAUUCCUCUUCAGAGUUUUUCUUUCUUUCUUUCUUUCUUUCUUUUUUUCUUUUCUUAACAUCUCCUGUUUUCCAUCUUUCUUUUUCUUUUUUCUUUCUUUCUUUUUUCUUUCUUUUCUUUUUUCAUUCAUUUCUUUCUUUUUUUUCGUUUUUUUUCCUUUUCUUUCUUCUUUUUUUUUCCUUUUUUCUUCGGUUUCAGCUGUUUUCUUUCUUUCUUUAUUUCUUUCUUUUCCAAGUUCGCUUUCGUUCUUUUUCUUUCUUUCUUUCUUUUCUUUCUUUCUUUCUUUCUUUUCUUUCUUUUUUUUUUUCUUUCUUUCUCUUUCAUAUUAACAUAUCUUCCUUUUUCUUCCUUUUUUUUCUUUCUUUUUUUUUCUUUCUUUCUUUCUUCAGAGCUUUCUUCUUCAUUCUUUCUUUCUUUCUUUUUUCUUUCUUUCUUUUUUUUUUCUUUCUUUCUUUCUUUCUUUUUUCUUCUUUUUAUUCCCUCUUCAGAGCUUUCUUUUUUCUUUCUUUUUUUCUUUCUACGUUUUCUUUCUUUUUUCUUUCUUUCUUUCUUUUUUUUCUUUUGUUUCUUUCCUUUUCUUUUUUUCUUUUUUUUAUUUCUUUUCUUUCUUUCUUUUUUUUCUUUCUUUCUUUCAUUCUUUUUCUCAACAUAUCUCCUGAUCUUCCUCUUUUUUUCUUUUUUUUCUUUUUUUUCUUUCUUUCUUUCCCUUUCUUUUCUUCUGAGUUCGCUUUUUUCUUUUUUUUCUUUCUUUCUUUUUUUUUUUUUUCUUUCUUUUGUUUUAUUUCUUUCUUUCCCUUUCUUUCUUUUUCUUUCUUUUUCUUUUCUUUCUUAUUAACAUAUCUCCUGAUCUUCCUCUUUUUUUCGCUUUUUUUGUUCUUUUUCUUUCUUUCCUUUCUCUUUCUUUCUUUCUUUUCUUUCUUUUUUCUUUCUUUCUUUUUGUUUCUUUCUUUCUUUUUUUUUUCCUUCUACUUUAGUUCGAUUUCCAUUUUUCUUUCUUUCUUUCUUUUUUUUUCUUCUUUCUUUUCUUUCUUUCACCUAUAUUUUUCCUUUUUUUUUUUUAUUUGUUGUUUCCUUUUUCUAUAUUUUUUCUUUCUUUCUUUUCUUUCCGUUUUUUUUUAUAUUUUCCUUUCCUUUUUUAUUUCUUCUUUUUUCUUUCUUUCUUUCUUUCUUUUUCUUUUUUCUUUCUUUCUUUCUUUCUUUCUUUCUUUCUUUCUUUCUUUCGUUUCCAUCUUGUUAUUCAUAUAUUUUUAUCUAUCUAUCUAUCUAUCUAUCUAUCUAUCAUCUUUUCUAUCUAUCUAUUUCUAUCUAUCUAUCUAUCUCAUCUGUUCUAUCUAUCUUAUCUAUUCAAAUCUAUCUUAUUAUAUCUCAUUCUAUUCUAUCUAUCUAUCUUCUAGUCUAUUCAAAUCUGAUCUAUCUAUCUAUCUAAUCUAUCUAUCUAUCUAUCUAUCUAUCUAUCUUAUUUGUUCUAUCUAUCUUAUCUAUCUGUCUUAUCUGUUCAAUCUAUCUUAUCUACAAAUCUCUAUCUAUCUGAUCUAUCUAUCUAUCUAUCUAUCUAUCUCAGUCUGUUCUGAUCUAUCUAUCUAUCUAUCUAUCUAUCUAUCUAUCUAUCUAUCUUAUUUUCUGUUCAAAUCUGUCUUAUGUACAAAUCUAUCUAUCUAUCUAUCUAUCUAUCUAUCUAUCUCAGUCUGUUCUGAUCUAUCUAUCUAUCUAUCUAUCUAUCUAUCUUAUAUGUACAAAUCUAUCUAUCUAUCUAUCUAUCUAUCUAUCUAUCUAUCUAUCUAUCUAUCUCAGUCUGUUCUGAUCUAUCUAUCUAUCUAUCUAUCUAUCUAUCUAUCUAUCUAUCUAUCUAUCUAUCUCGAUAUCUAUCUAUCUAUCUAUCUAUCUAUCUAUCUAUCUAUCCCAGUCUGUUCCUUAUCUAUCUCUCUUUCCCCACCCCCGCCUAUAUAA